AUGUCCACACAAAAGCUUCUUCCACCUGGCUUCCCCUGGCUAUAUCGAUUAUUCCUCCAUUUCAAUAUGGCACCUAAAAUUGUAGCCAACCCGGCUAAGCAAGCCACCAUACUUGCCUGGUUCCACAAGUCAGCCGUCGCCCACAGCAUCAAAGAUCUCGAAAAGGCUCUUCCUCAAGUUGCCUCCAUCAACGGCAUGCAGGUCAAAGACUAUCUACAGUCACUUUCAGAUGAUAGCAAGAUUCGUGUCGAGAAGAUUGGCAGUGGCAACUGGUACUGGAGUUUUCCUAGCGACGAAAAGCAAGCCAAAGAAUCGAUCCUCGAAAAAGCACAGCAGGAAUACGACAAGGCCAACACUAUCGCUACAGGUCUGCAACAAAAGAUAGACGAGGCAGGAGCAGCACGCGACGAGGACGAAGUCAUGCUCAAAGACUCCGGAAUGGACCGUGGUACGCUGAUUACCAAACAUGCAGGUCUGCUUAAGGAAUUCGAGGAGCUCAAGCAAGAGCUGGCUGCAUACAGCGAACAGGAUCCCGUGGAGGUGGACAAAAAGAAAAAAGAGAUGCAGCAGUUCCAAACGGACGUGGAAAAAUUUACAGACCACAUCCAGAGCAUGGAGGGAUGGUUCAAGGAGCAUUCUGGAGGUGAUCCAGAGGCAAUGCUUGCACUGAAGUCCGCCCUAUAUGGUGACGAGUUCGAUGAGGAAGUGGGCGGUUUACGUGAGCUAUAG